GCGCUCGGUGCGCGCGCCCGCCCGCUGUGGAGCUGGUCCCUGGCGCGGAGCAGGCGAGUCCUCCUCCGCCUGCCGCUCCCCCGCCCCUUCUCCCCGCGCUUUGUUGGUGCCUCUCCCGGGAGAGCGGCGGCGGCUGCGGCCGGCGGCGAUGCCCGAGUUCCUGGCGGAUCCGUCGGUGCUGACCAAGGAGAAGCUGAAGAGCGAGCUGAUCGCUAACAAUGUGAGCCUCCCGGGCGGCGAGCAGCGCAAGGACGUGUACGUGCAGCUCUACCUGCAGCACCUCACCGCCCGCAACCCGCCCGCCCUCGCGCAGCCCGACUUUUCCAGCGACGAGGAGCGGGAGCCCACACCUCUCGGCGCCCGGAGCCGCGGAGCUGCUGCCGCCGGGCGGAAAGCUACAAAGAAAACUGACAAACCCAGACCAGAGGAGAAGGAUGGCCUAGAUGUAACAGAGAUGAGCAAUGAAGACCUUCAAGAGCAACUUAUGAAGUAUGGAGUAAAUCCUGGCCCAAUUGUAGCUACUACUAGGAAACUUUAUGAGAAAAAGCUUUUGAAACUGAUGGAACAAGGUCCUGACCUGAAGGCACCUGUGCCUCUCCCAGCGAUUUCAACUACUGAGAACACCAGACAGAAUGGAAACAAUGAUUCUGACCAGUACAGUGACAAUGAGGAAGAUCCGAAGACUGAGCUGAGGCUUGAGAAGAGAGAACCUCUGAAAGCCAGGACGAAGACGCCAGUAGCACUCAAACAAAAAAGAGUUGUUGAACACAACCAGACCUAUUCUCAAGAUGGAGUUACUGAGACUGUCUGGACAAGUGGAUCUUCAAAAAGUGGACCUCUGCAGGCAUUUUCUAGGGAGUCUACAAGAGUGUCAAGAAGAACACCGAGAAAAAGGGUGGAAGCUACAGCACAGUUGCCUGUAGAUGAUGCUGUAAUAUCAGAGAGUACUCCCAUAAAUGAAACUGUAUUGGCUGCAAGCAACGAGACCCUAGUUGGCAAUAGGGUGCCUGGAAAUUUCAAGCAUGCAGCUCCUACACUGUCAGUCAGUGAACUCUCAGACAUGCCCAGAAGAACACCAAAGAAACUACUGAUGACAGCUGAACAAGAAGAGACAGAUUGCCCUCAGUGCUUUUUAAACCAUGUUGGUCACAACCAGUCCUGUGAUCUGCUCAACACAGCCAUGAUAGAGGUGCUGGAGAGAACUACAGAAGAAAGAAGAGUAGAAAGGGAUAUUCUUAAAGAAUUGUUCCCUUAUGAAGUAUCAACACCUACAGGAAUUAGUGCUAGCUGCCGUAGACCAAUCAAAGGAGCUGCAAGCCGGCCUCUAGAGCACAGUGACUUCAUACUGGAGGAGAGUUACUCUAAGUAUGCGCAAAAAUAUGGUACCUCGACUGACACCAAGUCGGAGAAACCACCAAUAAAAAAAGAACGCCCUGUUCCUCGGUGGAUAAAAGUUCUUCUCUUUGUUAUUGUCUCAGUCUUCAUGUUUUUGGUUUAUCAGUCAAUGGAAACUAAUCAAGGAAAUCCUUUUUCUAAAUACCUGAAUUUUGUCCCUUCGGGCGGUGCCGAAUGAAUAUCUUUCUGAAAGGCACACCCAAUUUGAUCUCCUGUUUUUUAAUUGUAGAGAACUCUUCUGCCCUCUCAUCGGCUCAAGGACUUCUUACAAAUAAUGUGAUUGGAACCUGAUAAAUUGGAUAUAUGAAGAAAGAUAAUAUUAAAUGGACAUCGGUAACUUUCUGGACUUUGGACAAGUAGGAGAUCACUGCCAUAGGAGUAACAUUUUUUUAAAUCUUUGAACUUUUUGUAGGCUUUAUUUUUUUAAUGUGGACAUCCUUUAAAUUCACUUUUGAGAAAAUGUAUAUUUGUUUUUGCAAGAACUUGGAAGCUGAGAAGGGCAAAAAUGUAGUAAAAUGUGAAGCUGUGUUUUUAAAGCUUUUCCUUUGUACAGAAAAGAAGUUGUACUUCUGUCUCUAGACUAUAGCGGAGAAGGAUUUUAACAUGGGAAAAGGAAAAUGCAUUUCUUUAUGCAUUUUUUUCAGUAACAACAUAACUGAAUUUGAUCUCUUGGGAUGUAGAGAGAGUACAACAACAACCUUUUCUGCAGAUUACUGUAACUUUUUAGUAAAUGUAACUGUAAACCUGUUUGCAUUUCUGUAACAGUCUUAGUAUCAGAUUAGUAACUCUGUUUAAGUGUAACUUCAUUUAAAUGUAUCCCUUCAUUUUAGUGCUUACAGUGUUGUAGGAGCUGAAUACAAAUCUAAUUGGCAAGAGAUGUCUUAGAGGAACUUAUUUAUUAGUAAAACGUGUGGGAAAUAAAAACAAGAUCAUAAUAAUUUGCUACUAAAACACUUUUUUGGGUCAGGAUUGUUAUCUGAAGCAGUCGAAAUUCCAACAUUAGCAGUGAUCUUUUUUCUUUUUCAAAAAAGCGAGGUCUUUCCAACACAGCUUUAUGUGAUUAUCUUUAAAUAUUCAUGUAGAGAAGUAUUCUCAAAGUGUGAAAAUUCCAUAUGAAGUUUUAUUCUUGUAUGAAGAGGGCAUUGCUGAAUUUUCUGCUAGUUUCAUCUUUUAAGGUGAGAUUUACUACUUUCAUGCCAUUGACUAUUUUUCUCAGUGGAAGCAUGCUGAAACACUCUCUAUUGUGUAACUUGGUUGAGCAGGCAGCUGACUUCACUACUACCAAUGAAGAGUGAUAAGCAAAAAUCUUUUUAAAGUGAAUGUAUACAUUUUUGGUGUGCUUAAAUCUGCAGCAUACAGAUGUUCAGUCUUAUUGCUUGGUACAAUAUUGCAAUAAAUCAUACUACUUAUUCUUAAAGUGCUACUUAUAAAAAGCUGAGAACAUUAGUUAAUAGUCAAUAUCUUUUUACUCUAGGUACAAUUAUUGUGUAGACUAUAGCUAUGGGGAAGCUUUACUUUCUGUGAACUUUGGGACAAACAUGGUAAUUCGUAGCAAAGCAAUAGUUUUGGGGUUUUUUUCCUGUUUAAUGUUUUUUUUCCUUCUAAACUGCUUUUUUGAGUAAUCCAAAUAGCUAAACUUGUGUCCAUCCUGUAGGGAAUUGUAACAUAAGACAUUCACUUUUGGUGUCAAAAAUGGAGAAAAAUAAAAAUGAUUUUAAUGUGUGUGGAUUUUCCUUAUCAAAAUAAAUGCAUUGCUGAAAGGCAGCAAAAGCAAGACCAA